AUGGACCAGUAUGACGCCAUAGUGGCGGAGAUCAGUCCGGAGCAGGAAAAGAAGCUUGUGCGCAAGCUCUGGUUCACCGUUCUUCCGCUCGUGUGUCUGGUCAAUGCCACACUGUUUGUGGACAAGAAUGCCAUCAGUUAUGCGUCUCUGACAGGGGUAUUUCAGGACAUGAAUCUGACGACGCAAGAGUAUAACAAUAUCCAGACGUAUUUCUAUGUUGGGUACCUGCUGGGCCAGUUCCCGUCGCACCUGGUGUUCCAGAAAUUGCCAAUCUCCAAGUACGUGACCUUCGUCACGGCUACGUGGUGCCUGCUGUCGCUCUGCACACUUGGUUGCAAAAGCUACGGCGGGCUGUCUGCUUUGCGGUUUUUCCUGGGAUUUUUCGAGUCCGGUAUAACUCCGUGCGUCGAGCACACAAUAACCAUGUUUUUCACGGUCGAGGAGCAGGCAAUUGUCAAUCCCAUCUUCUGGGUUUCCUGUAUCGGAGUUGACAUUCCAUGCGGAUUCGUCUCGUACGCGUUGCAACACACCACGGUCUGGAGACCGUGGAAAUGGUACUGGCUAUAUGUUGGGCUUCUUUCUGCUCUCGUGUCCGUGACCUGCUUCUUCAUCUAUCCAGAUAACCCAGCCACGGCAGUAUUCCUCAGCGUCGAGGAGAAGGUGCACACUGUCCGUCGCGUCAAAAACAGCUCCAGAUCCUCGAUCGAGCAGAAAACGUUCAAAAUCUACCAAUUCAUCGAGACCAUUAAAGACCCCAUCACGUGGCUAUUUGUGGUGGCCAUCUUCCUCAACAUGCUCGAAAACUCCACCACGUACGAGGCCUCCAUCGUGUACAAGGCGCUGGGCUUCAGCAACCUGACCACAACGCUUUUAAUGGUGGUGCAGACCGGGUUUGGCGUUUUCGCUGCCAUUGCCGGCUCCAUCGCACUACGGAUCUUCCGCAGACAGUCCGUCUACGUUGCGUGUGUCUGUCUGUCUGUAGCAUGGCUGGGCGGCAUGCUUGCGGUCACCAUGCCUUACGACAACAAGCCGGGCAUUCUUGCCGGCAUUUUCAUGACUCGGCCAAACGGUACCGCCUACAUUAUUAUCUUUUCCCUGUGCACCACUACGGCUGCUGGCUACACGAAAAAACUCACGAGAACUGCACUUUUCAUGGUGGCCUACUCGGUAGCAAAUUUCAUAUCGCCGCAGUUGUGGCAGUCGGAGUACGCUCCGCGGUACAUUGUGUCCUGGAGCGUCCAGAUCGUGUGCUCGUUCACGCUGUGUCCGCUGUGUCUGCUGGCGAUCAGAUUCAUUCUCCUGAGACGCAACAGACAGAGACUGGCUGCAAUGGAAAACGACGACGGACAAGACUACGGCUACAUCGAUCUGAACGGCGAGAACGGCGAGAUUGUGCGCCAAAAAGUGGACGUUUCCAUGCUGGACCUGACCGACCUCGAAAAUAAGAAGUUUAUAUAUCCUUUGUAA